UUAGUCUGUUGGCUUUCAGUCUCUUGCUCGAUGGUAAUCAGUCACAACAAUUUACAAGCCGCCAAAAUUUUUUGUUUCCAUUUCAAUCAAUAAAUAUUUAAUCUCUGAAAAGUUUAUCAUAUUUUUCAUAAAUUCAAUUAUUUAAAUCCAUAAAAAAUAAAUUAUAUCAGUAUAGAAAGUUCUUGCACUUACGCUAAUGUCAGCUUUGCAAAAGUCUGUAUUGAAAUCAAAACUUCCACCUUCUGGGAUGGAUUUUACAACAACAAGAUCAUGUAAAGCUAGAGCAUUACAACGAAAGCGUGAUUAUGACCCGAUAGAAUGGACACCUUUUUUUGAUGACUCCAAGGACGUCGUGAUAGGAGAAAAUACAUUUCAUAUUUAUACUAAAGGAAAUGAAGGACCAACUCUAGUAUUAUUGCAUGGUGGUGGCUACAGUGCUCUUACUUGGGCUGAAUUUACGAAAUCUAUAACAUCAAUGAUAAUUUGUAGAGUAUUAGCACUCGAUUUACGAGGUCAUGGUGACACUCAUACAACUGAUGAUGAAGAUUUAUCAGGAGAUACAUUGGCGAUGGACGUUGCAGCUGUUGUCAAAAAAGUGACAGAAGGUAAUCCUGUAAUUUUAGUUGGCCACAGCAUGGGUGGUGCAGUUGCUGUACGAGCAGCUGAGCACUUGGAUAAUUUAACAGGAUUAACUCUGAUCGAUGUCGUCGAAGGCACAGCUAUGGACGCCUUGACAUCGAUGCAGAGUUUCCUCAGGUCAAGGCCGACUAGCUUUAGUUCAAUCUGUCAAGCUAUUGAGUGGUGUGUACGCAGCGGACAAAUACGUAAUAUCGAGUCGGCAAAAGUGUCUGUUCCAGGACAAAUAAAAAACAAUGAAACAAAUAAACUUGCGACCCAUGAUAUCAAAGAUGUAUUGGCAUCGUCAAUCGCCCAUUCCAAUGAAAAUUUAUCAGUUUCUAUUGAACGUGACGAUGUAAUACCUGAAGACAAAGUUGGUGAGGAUGAUCAUCAUGAUGAAGAGGAGGAGACUAAAGAAAAAAUAGAUAUAUUACCUACUGCGACAAAAGAUUUUGCCGAACAAAAUAAGAAAUAUAGUUGGAGAAUAAAUUUAUCUAAAACUGAAAAUCACUGGAGCGGUUGGUUCAAAGGUUUAUCAGCAGCAUUCUUGGAUGUUCCUGCUCCAAAAUUAUUACUGUUAGCUGGGAUUGAUAGAUUGGAUCGUGAGCUUACUGUAGGACAAAUGCAAGGAAAAUUUCAAAUGCAAGUACUACCCGCUUGUGGACAUGCAGUCCACGAAGACGUUCCCGAUAAAGUCGCAGAAGCAAUAGCUACAUUUAUGGUGCGAAAUAAAUUCGCCGAACCGGCAUCAGAUUUUCAUCGCGUCUUUCCGGCAUGUUAAUAAUAAAUAUAAAUAUAUUUAUUACAAAAUAUUUAUAGGCGUAAGCGCGCCUGUAAAUAUUAUGCACACAAGCCGACCGGAUCUUUGAGAAUCACACAAGGUCCCGCUCUUCCAGUUUUGAGUGGUGACACCUAAUAAUCAAUGACAAUAUUACCAUCCCGUCAAUAUUUAUCAAUAAAAUUAACUUUUAAAAAUAAUUAAGUGCAUAAGUA